UCAUUCGUUCUCAGGGACUCAGAGGAGCACUGUCUCUCUCUCGUUCAAGGUUCAGGGUGGCGGCUUAUUUUCAAGGGGCUGUGAAGAAAGGCCGUCUCCCCUCUAGUCACGUAAUUGCUGCCGGACUUCAGGUGGCCCUCAGGUCCGGCCCCUUCUGGGACACAGAUGGUCUCUGUCCUUGUUCUGCUGUUGCCCUGUCCCGCCCACCACAGCCAGAGGGUCUGUCAGAUUUCAGUCUGGUCCCCCCCAGCUCCACUAGGCCAGACACAUCUCAACAAAAUGCCCGAAGGUGCUUGGGCAUUUGCUCGUCGGUCGUGGGGCGUGGGGCUCGGCCUUCCCUGCCCCGAGGCACAGGCGCCCCAGGACUCUCAGCUCCCGGGAUGUGUCCCCACACAGGGAGGAGUGGAUGCAGGCCAUCCAGAUGGUCGCCAACAGCCUCAAGCAGCGGGGCCCGGGGGAGGAUCCCAUGGACUACAAGUGUGGCUCCCCCAGCGACCCCUCUGCAGCCGAGGAGAUGGAAGUGGCAGUUAGCAAGGCGCGGGCCAAGGUGACCAUGAAUGACUUCGACUAUCUCAAGCUCCUGGGCAAGGGCACCUUUGGCAAAGUCAUCCUGGUGCGGGAGAAGGCCAGCGGCCGCUACUACGCCAUGAAGAUCCUGCGGAAGGAGGUUAUCAUCGCUAAGGAUGAAGUCGCCCACACGGUCACCGAGAGCCGGGUCCUCCAGAACACCAGGCACCCGUUCCUCACUGCGCUGAAGUACGCCUUCCAGACCCACGACCGCCUGUGCUUCGUGAUGGAGUAUGCCAAUGGUGGCGAGCUGUUCUUCCACCUGUCCCGGGAACGCGUCUUCACGGAGGAGCGGGCCCGCUUCUAUGGCGCGGAGAUCGUGUCAGCCCUGGAGUACCUGCACUCGCGGGAUGUGGUGUACCGGGACAUCAAGCUGGAAAACCUCAUGCUGGACAAAGACGGCCACAUCAAGAUCACUGACUUCGGCCUGUGCAAAGAGGGCAUCAGUGACGGGGCCACCAUGAAAACCUUCUGUGGGACCCCUGAAUACCUGGCGCCCGAGGUGCUGGAGGACAACGACUACGGCCGGGCGGUGGACUGGUGGGGGCUGGGCGUGGUCACGUACGAGAUGAUGUGCGGCCGCCUGCCCUUCUACAACCAGGACCACGAGCGCCUCUUCGAGCUCAUCCUCAUGGAGGAGAUCCGCUUCCCGCGCACGCUCAGCCCGGAGGCCAAGUCCCUGCUUGCUGGGCUGCUUAAGAAGGACCCCAAGCAGAGGCUCGGCGGGGGGCCCAGUGAUGCCAAGGAGGUCAUGGAGCACAGGUUCUUCCUCAGUAUCAACUGGCAGGACGUGGUGCAGAAGAAGCUCCUGCCACCCUUCAAACCUCAGGUCACAUCUGAGGUUGACACAAGGUACUUUGACGACGAGUUCACCGCCCAGUCCAUCACAAUCACACCCCCGGACCGCUUUUUUUCUUCAGCCCUCUGCCAAACUCACCUCAGCGGUCCUAGUGGCCCUGCCUACAGGAUCCUGUCCUGCCCUCACCUUUGUGCCCAGGCCAGGAUUUGGGAGACUCUCCACUGCCUGCCCCAGGACCAGGCCUUUGGGCAGUUGGAGAGAUGCCGGUUUUUAAUCAACAUAAAGCCCCAGUGAGGGGCGAAGCAUGGAGCCGUGGGGCCUACCUGAAUUUCUGGCUGGGGCGCCCACAGGCAGCCCUGCCUCUGGGUUGCUGCUUCUGUCAGAGGCUGCCUUCUGGUGGGCCGCCCGGUGGACAGCGCCCUGGUGCUGCCUUCCUUGCCCUGUCGUUAGGCUCGGAGUGGCCUGGCGUGGGGCAAUCCAGCCCCCUUCUCCCAUGGGGGCGGAAAAGCAAUAAUGUCCAGGGGUCGGGGGUGCGGGAGUAGGCGAGGGCCUUUGGAAGCCGCAUGCAGGACUGGGGGUUCAGGGCUCCCUCGUGGGGAGGGGGCCUGCUCUACCCUGUGGGGAACCGGGAGGGGGCCCAGGGGAUGGGCGCUGCCUCCUGGCCCUGUCUUCCCCCAUCCCCUAAGCUGCUCUCCUGACCCUGGGGAUGAGGCAGGAGGAGCAUUUGGGGGCUGGCUUCCCCACCCAACAGCCCCGUGCCUUACCAGGGCUUCCUUCAGCCGGCCUUACCUCCUGCUGGAGCCCGGGCCUGGCCCCAGCCCCUUCUGAGGAUGGGGGCCGGGAUGUCCCCCUUCUCUCUGCCUGGGGCGGAGGGGCGCCAGCCUCGGCUGUUACACAUCUCGCACCGAGACAGUAUUGGGCCCGGUGGACUUGGGUCGAAGAGGGGGUGGGGCUGGGUGUCUGGUACGAACGGAGGUAGGGGCCUCUGCGAAGGGAGGCUCCAGGCCACCUCACUCCUUCCCGCUCUCCGGGCCCCACGUUCUGCAGCCUUAAGGUGAACGUGUCAGUGCUCUGGGCACUCAACGUGCGUGCCUCAGGCUGUGUGUGUCUGCGGGCGUGCCUGUGCAUCUGGGAUGCAGAUGCACGUGGGGUGUGUGUGUGUGCACGUGUGUUGGGUAUGUGUGUGCGAGGGCAAGCGAGUCCGGCCUCGAGUGUGCGUGGUGUGUGUGGGCUCGGGCCCCGCCCCUGGCUCAGGCACUUCAACCCGAGGGGGAGGGGGUGCUAGCCUAGCAGGGGAUCCACACCUGAGGUCCACUUGUUGCCCUGUCCCCCCUGCCCUGUUCCCCCCAGCAUCUCUGGGGUUUGGGAUUUAGUUUCUGUGGUUUUGAUCACCCCAGCCCACCUUCUGUAGGUAGGUCACAGACAUUCUGGGGCGGGGUGGGGGGGUUGGUUUGGGUGGGUGGGUUCUGACUUUUCCUGUCUGUGUGUGUUUGUCGUUCACCUGACAGUUCUCCCUCCUCCCCACCGGCCUGUCCCCAUCCCUCGUGUUUGUACGGUACAAGCAAUAAAGACACUCAUUUCAGCCUGGGGUCCACCACCCUGGGCCUUUCCUUGC